CUCCUCUUGGUGCAACGAGUGGUGGUAUGUUGGUCUGUGUUGGCCCUUGGGUCUUGGUCUUGUUGUAGAGGUCUUGGCGUUGGUUGUGACACGGCUUGGUUGCUCUGUGGAUUACCUCAUCACCAUUGGCAUGAGGUUGGACCAGGGAAGCAUGUAUCAGGCGGAGUGGGUGUGCGUAUGUGUUUGUGGUGCAUGUGGCGGCUAAUUCUCGAGAUUAGCGUUGUAAUGGCUGAAAGGCCUUGUACCCCGCUCUUUGCUGCUUCGUCUUUAAUGUGAUGAUACACAUGCUUAUGCGUAUUCUAGAAGAAAAAAACUGCUGACCUGUCUACGACCACAUAGUCUCAGCCGCAAGCGAGUAACCAGAGAUGCCAAUUCCCCGUCGAUGAUGGACGUGGCCACGGUGGCAGACACGGAGAUGCCGUCGAAGGCACGCUUGUUCCUCUCCUUCCAGAGGCAGUGCAUCGUCAGGAUGAUCAGCCAGUUCAGGACCUUCCGAGGGGCCGCAGUAGGUGACUUGGAUCUCCAGGCUAAGGUGACGAGCAAAUGCUUCUUCGACGUCGAGAUCGGCGGGGAUAACGCAGGCAAGGUGGUAAUUGGGCUCUUCGGCGAGGUCGUCCCCAGGACCGUCGAUAACUUCCGCACCUUGUGCACUGGAGACAAAGGUUAUGGAUACAAGGGCUGCUCCUUCCACCGAAUUAUCAAGGAUUUCAUGAUUCAGGGCGGGGAUUUCCAGAACAACAAUGGUACUGGUGGGAGAAGUAUUUAUGGUGAAUGCUUUGAUGAUGAAAAUUUUACAUUAAAGCAUGUUGGUCCUGGUGUACUAAGCAUGGCCAACGCUGGCCCUGACACAAAUGGAAGUCAGUUUUUUAUUUGCACUGUGAAGACACCAUGGUUGGACGACCGUCAUGUUGUGUUUGGUCAUGUGUUGGAGGGCAUGGACGUUGUGAGGGAGCUUGAAUCGCAAGAAACCAGCAGGUCCGAUAUCCCCAAGCAGCCAUGUCGAAUCGUGAAUUGUGGCGAGCUGCCCUUGGACGGCUGAAUAGGUCAAUAGCUCAGGGCUCAGGGUUGGGUUUAUUACCCCGCACAUCCUUCUUAUUAAUUUCUGCGGCUAUAAUCUCUUGGGAAAGGGUUACUUGAAUCUCCAGCCAGCCAGUCUGAUUUUUCUUUGAGUAAUGAAAUCUCACGAGACCUUGUUUCGCCACUGUAAUAUUGUUGCAAGGGAAACAAAACAGUAUUCAUAUGGUAAACUGAAAUAACGCCAUGUGUUUAAGCAUGA